AUGAAGCUGCGCCGGCACGCCAAGAGGUUUCACCACAGCCCGUGCCCGGCGCGGGUCGUGAAAUGGUAUGCCAAGCAUGCCGUGAAGUUCAGACAGAAGGCUGCAGGGCAACAUGCUGCCCACGUGGCAGCGUGGAUUGCUUUCGGUCCCAUCAGUCGCCUCCCAAAGGUUCCCGAGAUCGAGCUGCUGACAAAGCUGCUUCAGAAGCUGCGAAGCGGGGAGCUCCCACCCCGUCUUCAACAGGUGUUGCCGAAGGUGCAGGCCGUGCUCCAAGUCAUGCGCACGCCGAGCAAGCCCUGGCACCAGGCCACGGGCUGCUUGCGCAGGGAGCUGCACAAGCUCCGCUGCUGCCACACCCGGCUGGCCGGCGACCAUGACGUGAUGUCAGGAGCUCCUCUAGCCCCAGAGGCUGCGGAUGUCGAGUCAGAGCGGACAGCAGAGGCAACGAGCUCUCCCAAUGCCAAGAAGCGCCUGGAGCGGAAGGUGGAGGAAUGGGCGGGCAAGAGGCCGGCAGCGCGCCUGGCAUGCCUGCAGCAGGCCAAGAGGGUAGUUCAGCUCGAGGAGGACCUAAACCAGAAGGACCUCGCCGAGGUUAUGCUCACCUUAGCGGCCGCCCUGUCCAACCCACAACGCCACGAAGUGCGAGCCGAAGCCCAAGUUGGCUCCGCGGCGGGCCGGGCCUCGCCGCAGGAGUUCCAGCGCCGUGUGCGGAGGCUGCUCCUGGUCGCACUGCGCUCCUGGCAGUCCAAUGGCUACGACUGCGAGGAGAUCCGGCACAUCCUGACGCACCUUCAGCAGAAGAUCUCUGCCUUCGAGGCGGCUGUGGGUGAUGUAAGCGCAGCAGCAUCGGGGUCGGUCUGGCUGGCCAUCAAGACGGUCUUGGGUGAGCUGCGCGCCGACCGCUCUUCUCUUCAGGGCUCCUCUCCGAAAAGUCGCGCCUGCGGGUGGGCGGGACCGCGAAUGGCGGCUGGCACGAAGAAGCUGGCGCUGCAAGCUGCCAUGACGGCACUUGGCGGCCGAGCCACUUUGAGGCAGCUGGUGCGGUUCAUCCGCCGGAAUUCCGACAAGUUCCAUGCCAUCGACGUCGACAAGCUUCGGAAGAGCGGCCUUUCUGACUAUUUCCAGCUCGUGGGAAGGAGCCGCAGCGGCAGGGACAUCUUUGGCUUGGCCCAGGAGCGCCCACGCGGAGUUCGCCUGCUGAAGUACGGCUUUGUUGCCUUGAUGGAGGUGAAGAGAUUGAGUUGCAAGUGCAUUGGCCCUUUGAGAGAUUCUGCCGUGCAGGCUCACAAGGACUUCUUGGGCACUCUUUGA